AUGUAUAUCCAAAAUGAUGUUCGCACUCAGAUCAAUGUAGGAAGAAAAAGAGAARCCAUUGGUGUAUGUAUGGAUGAGAUGAUGUUAUCCAAAGAGGCAUUAAUAAAAAUCAUAAGCCAGAACAAUGGUAACAAGAAUAUAAAAAUCGAUGAUGAAGUCAUACCGAUGAUACAAAAAUAUUUGGAUGUUUUCAUUGAAGAGGCGGCGUUGCGAUCACUGCAAUCCCACAAAGAUUCUACUGAAGCCCACGACGGCGAUGGGCCCUUCGAAUUAUCGCAUUUGGAUCUAGAGCGUAUAGUUGGUCUACUGCUAAUGGACAUGUAG